AUGAUCAAGAAAUUCCAUAAAGAAAACAGCAUACCUACGAGAGGUGAAUAUCGGUCCAACACUGAUAAUGUUAAGAAGUUAUCAGAAAAUAAGCUAUCCAGGUUGGUGGGACCCUCAAACGCCAAAAGAUGGAGGGACUUGAAACUGUCCUUUUCGGCCAAGUCAAACAUUGAGUUUAUGACAAAACUACUUGAUAUCGCUGAAGAAUAUCUGAAAAGGAACGUAGUCGAUGGUGAUGUAAGUAAAGUCCAGUCGAAGAAGCAAAAAAACAACCACAAAAACAACCCAAAGAACAAAGUUGAUAUCAAUAAUGUCUGUUUACAAAAACCAGAUGUUUCUACUGAAAAGUUCCAGGAGAUUCCGGAAAAAAGUACACCUAAUUCACAGAAAAGCAAUACUGAUAGCAUAACACCCUUAAAGAAAUUGAAAAGAGCAACUGAAGCCUCCUCUAACAUACAAAAUGUGAAAGCUGCUGUAUCAGAUAUAAAACAAGAGUUUCCAGUGGAUCCCAAUGAUAAUUCAACAUUCCAUAUUCAAACAGAAACGUCAGUUAAAAUAGAGGAAAAUGGUACCCCAAAAAAUUUGGACAAAAUAAAAAUUAAACUAUGUCAUCACUGUAACACUCAUCACAUAGAAGACCAAUGUCCAAUUUAUCUUCCACACUAUAUCAUCAAUGACUCUCUUGAUCAAAGCCAGUGGGGGAAAAAAUUCAAAAUCCUUCAUGAAAUUCAAACCAACAAGCUCAAAAGUGAGGGGGAAGAAGCUCCAGUGUACUGUUUUUCCAUAUUAUCUUUACCAGAAUUAUUGUAUAUUGAAGAGACAAUAGCCAGUCAUGGUUCAGGCAUUUUUGCUAAAGAAGAUAUUGAACCUUUCACUCAGUUUGGCCCAAUGAUUGGCAGUAUUGUCAAGGAAAAAGAUAUCCCAGAAGAUGUUGAUCUGAAAUAUAUUUGGGAAAUACCUAAUGAUUCUGGCAACAUUUAUGUUGAUACAGAGAGUACAGUAACAUCAAAUUGGUGCAAAUAUUUAAGGCCAGCACCUAGUAGAGAGGAGAAAAAUCUGUCUGUGAUAUCUAAAAAUGGUAAAUUGUAUUUUGUGUGUACAAAAUUUGUCAAAAGUGGAGAAGAAUUGUUAUUUUGGCAAGAUUGUCCAAAGUUGACCAAAAAGAAAUUGGAAAAAACAACUUGUGGAGGCUGCAAUAUCGAUUUCAGCCACCCACAUUACUAUAGAAUACACUGUUCUCUAUUCCACGACGUGAGAUACAGCCUAACGAUCAGGAAGUACCAUUGCAAAGUUUGUGGGGCGGCUGUGCUAGGAAAAGAGAACAUCAUCAAACACGCAUCCGAAUUACACAAUGGCCAGGGUGCUUAUCAAUGCCAGUUUUGCAAAAAAUUUUUUUUGCGGUUAAACUAUCUUGAAAUGCACAGAACUUACGGAUGCUCAGCAAAUCCUCAAAGGACCUGCCCUCUUUGUGAUUUUUGUGGCAAAAAGUUUUGCCAGCCUCAAAAGUUGAAGGUGCAUAUCAAAAGAAUGCACAGCGAUAUUUCCGAGGUUUUGAAGGAGUUUCAAUGCAAAAGUUGUAUGAAAAUCUUGGGAUCCAGAGCUGCCCUCCAGAGGCAUGCGAAAGAAGUUCAUGAAAAACAAGCUGACGGACAAUGUUUUUGCUCAAGAUGUGGAAAGAAGUUUCAGAACAAGUCGAAUCUGAAGAUUCACAUGUUGACUCAUAGUGGAAUAAAACCUUUCAAAUGCCACAUUUCAAACUGCAAUUCAGCCUUUACCACGAAGCAAUGCUUACAGUUUCACUACAAAAAAAUACACAAUUUCACAGAGGAGAAUAUGCCGAAGAUAGAAAGAAACAUUGACUAUACAUUCCAGGCUUACAGUGGCAAUGAAGAGAGUGAACAAAAUAAUAAGAUUGAGUCAGACAAAGUUCCUAAUACAAUUUCAAGGAAUAAAGGAGAAAAAGACAGUGAUUUUGACAAUACCAGUCUAGACAGUGAAAACGUGGACGACCCGAAACCACAGGAUGACUCCUCAAACCAUGCCCACGAACCGCGACCACCUUCCCCAAACCAUCCUACAUCCACAGACAAUUACCCAAAACCCAUCACAACCGUCAAAGUGCAGAGCAAAGGCUCGAAAAAAUGGAUAGCCGACGAACCCACCUCCAAACUCUCCGAAAUAUACUCGGUCGAAAGACUGAGCAAAGUCGAUUUAUCGAGCAUCACGCUACAAGACCCCGAAAUCUACGGCAGAAGCAAACUGUCGACGAUAAACGAGUUCGGCAAACACGAGGCCUCGAACGCCAGCCUGCUCGUGGAAGCUGCGCUGGACUCCGUUUGCAACGAGCCCAACAUAGACAUAGACGUCAGCCCUGCUCCCCACUGCGCCGACUCCCUAGUCAACAAUCUGUACGGGCUCGCGGCACCCGACAAUCUGCCGUACCACGACCAGGGCAUCGGGGAUUCGCGCGAUAUCAACCUCUUGUCGCCGUCCGUCAACGAUCAUGUGUCGGUGACAGACGAGCUGAACGAGGACAUCGGCAUUCCCUAUCCUAAUUUCCCCCAGCAGGACUUCAGUCCCUCGCAGAGCCCCGAUAUCCACCGGUCGAACUUCGUGCGCAACUACAUCAACAGCUUGUCACCGCAGAAUCUAUCGCCCGUUCCUAGUCCGCCCAGGUACGCUUUUGGGCACGCCGACCAAUCGGACGACAGCAACGGCAUGACCGUGCAGAAUUUGAGCCUCAACAACUCCAAGGACGACAUCCAGCUCGACCUCUCCCUGUACAAAACUUACAAGUCCAACGGCCAGGAUUACAUGAGGAAAGUGAGGUUAGGGGAGGAAGAUCUGGACCAGGAUCACAUCGACGUGAUCAACAGUGACUUGCCCAACAUGGAGAACGAGGACAAAGAGUUGUCUGACAGAGAGGACCAUCCUAGGUAUACCGAGGAGCUGGCGAGCGAGAUUCGCAGCAAGUUCGACUUGGAUUUGGACGUGAGGCUGAAGGGGUACGAGGGCAUCGAUUGCGAGGCUCUGCGACAGAGGAGCCACGCCUAUGAGGGCGGCGAGGUGGACUUCAGGAACAAGCAGUACGGCGAUCUCAUGGAGUCGGAUUUCAGGGCUGACAGAAAUUUCGAGCCACUGAUAUUGAACACGUCUGAGUUGCAAGGGUUAGACAUGUCUGCGAGAAGCUUCCACAACUACUCCAACAUCAACCGUUACCACCCCCUCUACCCUGAAGUCGACCGUGUCGAUUUGCGGUUGAAUUACAGCCCCCCGCCUCCCGCUUACACUCACGCCGACAUCCUUAGAGUCGUUUCGCUUGAUUUGACGCCGCCGGGACGCCACAGCGUCGAUCUGAGCCUCAGAAAUCAUCCGUUGCACCAGAUGGCCAACACGAGGUUGCUGAGCGACCACGGGCUGCAGAGCAACCCCCACAGGUUGCUCGAUCAGGGUCGUUUUCUCAACGCAGAGUUGACACCGUCUAGGUUGAUCGCGGAGACUAGCAGCAGGAUUCUGACGGACCACAGUACCUCUAGGAUCCUGAAUACCGAGCUGGGCUCCACGCAUUUGCUGAGUUCUGAGCCGAGCAGGCUGCUAGGGGACGAUGGCAGGCUGAUGGGAGACACCAGGAUACUGGGAGCGACUCCCAGCGGGCCCGUGUCCCCGGGGCAAGGGUUCAGCGGCUAUUCGGUGGCUCAGAACCCUUAUCAUCCCACUGCGUUGCCGUCUAGGCCCCAUGUCGCUUCUCCGACUCCUGCGCCCUACCCUUAUGCUGCUUAUUACUGA